AUGGGACAGCCUCGAGCAGCAACUCUAUCCCUAACAACCAGACAACCAGAGACACAAGUUCCCAUUGACACGAGGAUGCACAUACCGCGGACCAAGAUUGUGGCCCAGUCACCGCCUGGCUGCAUCGUGGCCUCUCAGUUGGCGCCUCACGCCAAGCCCUUGGUGGACUUUGAUAUCAUUCAAGAGUACAUCAUUCCGCGCAAGGCCUUCUUCAACCGCUUCGUCACGGUGAACACCCCGGACAACAAGUACAGUAUCCUGGGCUUCCCCGUCUCCAUACCGAAUGAGCGCUAUGACCGGAAUGAGUUCAUCUUCAACUUCGGGCUCGUGGUCGAGUCCGACUGCGAUUUCAUUCCAUAUGAGCGCCUGGUCCGGAGGCUAGCCAUGACCUUUGCCGAGAUGGAGAAGCAAGGAGGGUACCUGAGCUCCGAGGCCAAGGUCGACGACGGCAGGAGGCCCAUCGAGAGCCUGUUGGAGAUCGUCAAGGAGGAUCUGAACAACUACGGCGAAUGCAUGAUUCCCGUCGACGAGGCCAACACAAUCAACAUGAAGCUUUUUCCGUACCACCCGCCACCACCUCCCGUGCGUGGCUGGCACGUCCCAGUCCCCAAGAUGAAACUGACGGAAAUCGUGGACCCCACGUGGGACUUGACGCUCCAGAAACUGAUACCGCAUAUCGACGGCGUCAACGAUGUGCGGCGCAUUGCCUGGUUGGCGGAUGUGUCGCUGCCCCUGACCCAAACAGCUCUUCAGCACCUGCUAUACUACGACACUAUCCUGCUGCUUGACAUGUUCUUCUUUGGCGGCUGCUACGCACCGCGACCUAGUAUUCACGACUUCGUGGCCAACCGCGACGGGCUGGUAGACGAGUGCGCCGGGUACGUGUGCCUCGGAGGCCUGGGGCCGAGCGACUCAGUGGCAGCCUCCAGCGGUAGCUUGUCCACAGGCAAAAACACCGUCGGAGCCAGCACCAACGUCACGCCCAGCAAGGACGUCCUCGGUACCACAGCACAGAUCCCGCCACAAACAUCAGCCCUUGCACCGCAGAGGGUCUCCAACUAUCAACUGAUCAAGCUGAUGACGACCUUCUGUGUCGGCCGCUCUGUCAUGGAAUGGAUCAAGCUGCACACAGACGCCGGAUGGCCGGUCCUGAGCCUCAUAGACGUGCGGCGUUUCAUCCAGUUCGGCGUCAUCAAGGGCUUGCUGUACCGCGUUCACAAGUAUGUCGUGUCCAAGCAGUACCUCGCCCUGCUAGCGACGGGGCAGGCACGCCCGCUGCGCGAUGACGAGCGGGUCGGGGUCAGACCCGGCGGUCUGGGCGAGGAUGAGGACGGCACCGCGGCCGGAGAGGGGCCUGCUGGCGGUCGAGGAGCCUGGAUGGGCGAGGAUCCGCUGCAGAGAUACACCGACGGCUGUCAUUGUUUCGACCAGAUCAUCACGGAGCAGAACAUGACGGCUGCGGAGAUUGUGGAGAAGCUGAAGGGCUUCCAGGCGCCAGCAGGGGACCUGACAGUCUUCUAUCGAUGA